AUGUUCUUAGACCAGAGGCAGAGUGAAGGUUCCUCGAUGUUCUUAGACCAGAGGCAGAGUGAAGGUUCCUUGAUGUUCUUAGACCUGAGGCAGAGUGAAGGUUCCUUGAUGUUCUUAGACCAGAGGCAGAGUGAAGGUUCCUUGAUGUUCUUAGACCAGAGGCAGAGUGAAGGUUCCUUGAUGUUCUUAGACCUGAGGCAGAGUGAAGGUUCCUUGAUGUUCUUAGACCAGAGGCAGAGUGAAGGUUCCUUGAUGUUCUUAGACCAGAGGCAGAGUGAAGGUUCCUUGAUGUUCUUAGACCAGAGGCAGAGUGAAGGUUCCUUGAUGUUCUUAGACCAGAGGCAGAGUGAAGGUUCCUUGAUGUUCUUAGACCAGAGGCAGAGUGAAGGUUCCUUGAUGUUCUUAGACCAGAGGCAGAGUGAAGGUUCCUUGAUGUUCUUAGACCAGAGGCAGAGUGAAGGUUCCUUGAUGUUCUCAGACCAGAGGCAGAGUGAAGGUUCCUCGAUGUUCUCAGACCAGAGGCAGAGUGAAGGUUCCUCGAUGUUCUCAGACCAGAGGCAGAGUGAAGGUUCCUCGAUGUUCUUAGACCAGAGGCAGAGUGAAGGUUCCUUGAUGUUCUCAGACCAGAGGCAGAGUGAAGACUAA